AUGAUACAAACGACCAAAAGAGGAAGGGUGAAAAGGAUUGUGGGCGGUUCCCAGAGUUCUCAGGGAAAGUGGCCGUGGCAAGUAGCGUUAUAUUUUAAAGGACAUCACUGCUGCGGCGGCGCAGUCAUCUCUAACACAUGGAUAUUGACAGCCGCACAUUGUUUUAGUAAGUUUUUCUGCUUAGACGAAGCACAAUAGAAAAUUGUAUUUCUUGCAUAAAGUAGAAUAUUUUAGCAUCUAGCAGUUCCCAAGCUCAUCUGUUGGCGAUGAGUUUAACUUCCUGUUGAAGAUUUAGCUCAUUGUUCACUCCUGUUCAGAAGAUAUAUCUUCAGACCCAGUCUUUUUAUUACCUCCGUUAGAUCCGCACACGUCGUCUAAGCCGGAAGACUGGACCGCAGUUCUUGGAGAUCAUAGUCUUAAAGAAAGAGAUGAGCGCUUUGAGCAAAGACGAAAUAUUUUGAACAUAACGAUACACGAGGGGUACAGAUCCAUGUGGUAUGAAAAGAUCUACGACACACCACCACUGAAUGACGUUGGUAAGUGCAUACUUAAACACGAACCUCGUUUCCAGGGUAUUUCUUUCGUCAUUCCACUAGUGUCUUAAGGCGACAAAGCAAGUAACGUUUCCGCACGAUUCGUGAAUAAAACACUCUUGAUCCCUUCUAAAAUUCACUACAAGGAAAUUGAAUACAGUCAAACCUCGUUAAUACGGACAGUGAGGGGGGACACAGAAAGUGUCUGUAUUAACGGGGUGUCCGUAUUAAGCCAGGUGAAUUUAGAAAAAAUGUAAGGGUUUUCUUUCCCCAGGGACAAAACAAACUGUCAAUAAUAAUGAGGUGCCCAUAUUAAGCGGGUGUCCGUGAAACGGGGUUUGACUAUAACAGCAAAAAAGCUUGUUCAAGGCUUGUUGCGUGUUCUACGCUUGUAAGUGCUUAUUUUGAAUAAUGGAAAAUAAUUAUGAAGAUAUAGUAAUAGUAUUAACUAUUUUAGUAUAGGUUAAUAUAGGGCCAGUUUAAACGGACUGACUAAAUUUAGAUGAUCAUGCUAUUAGACACGUAUCUCUCAAGAAAAACAUGUCGAUAUCUUUUCUGAGUCCCCAAAGACGGUGUUAUGAGGAAUUAAGGCGUUAAAGGCGCCACCACAAGUUUGCACGCAGCAAUAAAAAUUGCGAAAAAUGGAAGAAAUCACAGUUUUUGCUAAAAUUACUAAAUUCAAGUGGUAAAGGAGGUAGAAGGUUGCCCAGCAAAAACUGUGAUUUCUGUGAUGAGAUUUGUGGAUUAAAGAACGAGGCGGCACGUAUAGUGGGUAACCGGUCAUUUCGAAUUCGACCCGGUUACUCAGCCCCCUAUUUUCGAGUCAUUUGGCGGGCUUUAAAUGUAAUGUUCCUCGUUCGUUAAGCUAUAAACUACACUUAAGUGAUCUUGAACAUGGAAAAAAGUGAGCUUUAACAUGACAAAAAACUGCGAGAAAUUGCAAGUAACGCGAAAUUUUGUCAGACUGGCGAUUUUUUGCAAUUUUCGCAAAUUUUGUUAAAUCCGCAAAUCGGUCUGGUUUAGUGAUUAUUAACAUGACAAAGAACUGUGAAAAAUCGCAAUUAACGCGAAAAAUCGUCAGACUUACGAUUUUUCGCAACAAACGAAAAAUCGCAAUUUUUGCUGCUGCGUGAAAACCUGGACAUAACUGACCUCGAAUUGUCAUAAAUUGCAGAGUAUGAAAAUUGUAGUAAGAGCGGCGACAUCUGAGAUGGGGACCAAGGUUAAAUGUUGUUUGUUUGUGUCUUGUUUCUAGACUGCUUACAAUGCAAAUGCAAUAAAAAACUUAAGUUAACAACGCAACUUUUAGGAGCGUAAUCACUCAUCAAAACACGCCCGUGUGAACACUAAGUAAUAAAGUAAAUGAAUGAAUGAAUAAUUGAAUAACUAAAUAUACUAAAAAUAAUAAAUAAAUAAAUCAGUGCGGCGACACUAUUUUGGCCUUAAGGUACGCAUUUAGUUACUGUUUGGUUGGCAAAUGAAUUAGACUUGAAAAGUAAAUCUGAUUUGCGUUGCAUUGAAUUUCAGCAAUUAUGAAGCUCGACAAAGCACUUGUGUUCAACACUUACGUGCAACCACUGUGCUUACCUCGACCUCAUGAUGUCUUCGCGCCAAAUAAGGAAUGUUAUGUGGCGGGCUGGGGUCACACUGAGUGGAAUGGUAUCCAGCCGGACAUCUUACGCGAGGCUAAAGUAAAAAUCGUAUCACGUGAUGUUUGUAACCAGAAAAAGUCCUACAACGGGACCAUUCACAACACUGCUAUGUGUGCGGGAUAUCCCGAGGGAGGAACAGACGCUUGUGAAUACGACAGCGGAGGUCCGCUGGUUUGUUCGAAAUGCGGUCGCUAUUACGCAGCUGGGCUGGUUUCUUGGGGUGAUCAGUGCGCCUUACCGUACAAAUAUGGCGUCUAUUCUAAUUUGACGGUACUCACUCCGUGGAUUACAGAAAGAAUCAGCACAUUUGAAAGAGACAAGGUUGCUUUAUAA